CGCUCGGGUCGGGUGUCGCCUGAGAACCGGAUGAGGCGGCGACUGUGAGGCCGAGCCGGGAGCGGGCGUCGCGGCGAAGGGGAGCCCGGGCGGGCUGGCAGAGCGGAGCGGCAGGAAGCAACGGCCACAGACGCCUCGGGGUCGCGUGUCGUAGCCGGGGGAGCCGCGGGGCGGAGGCGGGCACCAUGGGCAACCGCGGGAUGGAAGAGCUCAUCCCGCUGGUUAACAAGCUGCAGGACGCCUUCAGCUCCAUCGGCCAGAGCUGCCACCUGGACCUGCCGCAGAUCGCCGUGGUGGGCGGCCAGAGCGCCGGCAAGAGUUCGGUGCUCGAGAACUUCGUGGGCCGGGACUUUCUUCCACGAGGAUCAGGAAUUGUCACCCGGAGGCCUCUCAUUCUGCAGCUCAUCUUUUCUAAAACAGAAUAUGCCGAGUUUUUGCACUGCAAGUCCAAAAAGUUUACAGACUUUGAUGAAGUCCGGCAGGAGAUUGAAGCGGAGACCGACCGGGUCACGGGGACCAACAAAGGCAUCUCCCCAGUGCCCAUCAACCUGCGGGUCUACUCACCACAUGUGUUGAACUUGACCCUCAUCGACCUACCAGGAAUCACUAAGGUGCCAGUGGGGGACCAGCCGCCAGACAUCGAGUACCAGAUCAAGGACAUGAUCCUGCAGUUUAUCAGCCGAGAGAGCAGCCUUAUUCUUGCUGUCACACCUGCCAACAUGGACUUAGCCAACUCGGACGCUCUCAAGCUGGCCAAGGAGGUGGACCCCCAAGGCCUACGGACCAUCGGUGUCAUCACCAAGCUGGACCUGAUGGAUGAAGGCACAGAUGCCAGGGAUGUCCUGGAAAACAAGUUACUGCCCUUGAGAAGAGGCUACAUUGGUGUGGUUAACCGCAGCCAGAAAGACAUCGAGGGCAAAAAGGACAUCCGGGCUGCCCUGGCAGCUGAGAGGAAGUUCUUCCUCUCUCACCCAGCCUACCGGCACAUGGCUGACCGAAUGGGUACCCCACACUUACAGAAGACCCUGAAUCAGCAACUGACCAACCACAUCCGGGAGUCACUGCCGACCCUGCGCAGCAAGCUGCAGAGCCAGCUGCUGUCCCUGGAGAAGGAAGUGGAAGAGUACAAGAAUUUCCGGCCCGAUGACCCCACCCGCAAGACCAAAGCCUUGCUGCAGAUGGUCCAGCAGUUUGGAGUUGACUUUGAGAAGCGAAUUGAGGGCUCUGGAGAUCAAGUGGACACACUGGAGCUGUCUGGGGGGGCCCGAAUCAAUCGCAUCUUUCAUGAGCGUUUUCCCUUUGAGCUGGUAAAGAUGGAGUUUGAUGAGAAAGAUCUACGACGAGAGAUCAGCUACGCUAUUAAGAACAUCCAUGGAGUCAGAACUGGGCUCUUCACGCCGGACUUGGCGUUCGAGGCCAUUGUGAAAAAGCAGGUGGUCAAGCUGAAAGAGCCCUGUCUGAAAUGCGUGGACCUGGUUAUCCAGGAGCUUAUCAGUACAGUUAGGCAAUGCACCAGCAAGCUCAGUUCCUACCCCCGGUUGCGAGAGGAGACAGAGCGAAUCGUCACCACCUACAUCAGGGAACGAGAGGGGAGAACCAAGGACCAGAUCCUUCUUCUGAUUGACAUCGAGCAGUCGUACAUCAACACGAACCAUGAAGACUUCAUCGGAUUUGCCAACUGUUACUAUACUGAGGAGCUGGUCACAGGUGCCCAGCAGAGGAGCACCCAGCUGAACAAGAAGAGGGCCAUACCCAAUCAGGGGGAGAUCUUGGUGAUCCGCAGGGGCUGGCUGACCAUCAACAACAUCAGCUUGAUGAAGGGCGGCUCCAAGGAGUACUGGUUCGUGCUGACGGCAGAGUCCCUGUCUUGGUACAAGGAUGAGGAGGAGAAAGAGAAGAAGUACAUGCUGCCGCUGGACAACCUCAAAAUCCGGGAUGUGGAGAAGGGCUUCAUGUCCAACAAGCAUGUGUUUGCCAUCUUCAACACAGAGCAGAGGAAUGUCUACAAGGACCUACGACAGAUAGAACUGGCUUGUGACUCCCAGGAAGACGUGGACAGCUGGAAGGCUUCAUUCCUGCGAGCUGGGGUCUACCCAGAGAAGGACCAGGCCGAGAAUGAGGAUGGAGCACAGGAGAACACCUUCUCCAUGGACCCGCAGCUGGAGCGGCAAGUGGAGACCAUCCGAAACCUGGUGGACUCCUAUGUGGCCAUCAUCAACAAGUCCAUCCGUGACCUCAUGCCAAAGACCAUCAUGCACCUCAUGAUCAACAAUACAAAGGCCUUCAUCCACCAUGAGCUGCUGGCCUACCUGUACUCAUCAGCAGACCAGAGCAGCCUCAUGGAAGAGUCAGCUGAGCAGGCUCAGCGGCGAGACGAUAUGCUGCGCAUGUACCACGCACUCAAGGAAGCACUCAACAUCAUUGGGGACAUCAGUACCAGCACCGUAUCCACGCCUGUGCCCCCACCUGUCGAUGACACUUGGCUCCAGAACACCAGUGGCCACAGCCCCACUCCACAGCGCCGACCUGUGUCCAGCGUGCACCCACCAGGCCGGCCUCCUGCAGUGCGGGGUCCCACACCAGGGCCUCCCCUGAUUCCUGUGCCUGUGGGGCCUACAGCCUCCUUCUCGGCACCCCCCAUCCCAUCCCGGCCUGGACCACAGAGCGUGUUUGCCAUCAAUGACCCCUUCUCAGCGCCACCUCAGAUACCAUCUCGGCCAGCACGGAUUCCCCCUGGUAUCCCCCCAGGAGUGCCCAGCAGAAGAGCACCCGCUGCGCCCAGCCGGCCCACCAUUAUCCGCCCAGCCGAGCCGUCCCUGCUCGACUAGGCGCAGGCCAAUGUUCUGGGGGGUCCUCGUGCACCCACAGUGCAGGAGAGCUUUGGUGGUCUGGGCCCCACUACUGCCCCGCCCCCCAUGCUGGGACCAGGCUCCCUGUGGGCAGCCCUACCCUUUCCUCCCUAGCCUGGUGGACAUGACAAUGACGAGAAGGGUGGGAGCCCCGGACAGCAGGACAUGGGCACUUGGCACUUUGGGACAAGGAGAGCUCUCUGGUUGGCAGUAGGAGCUGCAUCCUUGGGACCAUCUGGAAAGAAAGAUCCAGGCUGGUGUAGGGGAACUCUACCAGGGGCUUCUCCACACAGACUGUAAGCCUUUGUUUGUUCUUAGGGUACAGGAACUAUCCAACUUCCCUAAGGGCUCUCCAGGAGUGAGCCAGGCCCAGUAGGCCCAGUGCUGGCCACCCACCUGGCUCUAGUUGUAUAUAUAUCUUCUUUGGCCAUAUUAACCACACAGCCUGAGCCCAGCCCAGUCUCGGCAGCCAGGGGUGCCUUUUGUGCCUUCCUUAGGCCUGGAGUUCCUCAGCUCUGGUCUGCCUCACUCUCCUCAGCCCCAGUGUGGUUUGGGCUGUGUGAGCUGGGGAGACAUCAGGGGCCUCUUGGCUCCCAGCUGGCCCUCCCCCACAGGGUGGGCCCUGGUGCCUCUGUGCAGAUCCCAUUCCCACUGCUUGGUUUGACCACUGUUAAGUGCCUGCCUCUGUAUAUCCUAUUAAUAAACUAAAAUAAAGGGAAGCCCCGCUGGUGGCUGUGCGUGUGGGCUUUUUGUGUCUGUCCCAGCCCAAAGGGAGCCUGUCCACCGUCCUGGGGCCGGCCGCCCUUCGCACAUUUACAUGUGUGUCUUCUGUCAUCCCUUCCAAACCCCUCGACCCCAUCACAGUGCUAAUAGGAAACAGGAAUUCUAGCCACGCCCCCAGUGGCACUGUGGCCACGCCCACUUCCAGGUCCCUCGCUAGCUUUCUAAGGGGACACCAUUCAACUUUGCUUUAUGAUCUUUUUCUUUCAUGCCAGGCGACCACCUCCAUCGGCUCCUGCCCGACCGUUCUUCUGAGCUUCGUGGGAGUGCCCUCCCGCCUUCCUGGCUGCCCUUGGCUUGAGGCUAGAUCUGUCCCAAGCUGAUUUUCCUGAGCCCAAGUCAGCAGGCACUAUUCAUUUUUCUAACCAUAAUUUAUUGACUCCAGUGCCCAGGACAGGUGCCCUUUGUUCCUUGAGGCUCAUAGGCAGGCUUUGGUGGGGCUGCACCUCAGCCCUCUAAGGUCCUGCACUCUGAGAGGAAGAAAGGGGUUCCCCUCUUGGAGUUCUGUUACCAGAUCCCCCAACCAGCUGGAUCCCCUCUGGGCCAGGGCUCCUUCCUAUCAAAUAAAAGUGACUGUCCUGGCAA